UUUGACACAAUCCUACAACUACAUCCGGAAUAUUAGCGGCUAAUUCGCCUGUUGUUGCUACGAGCAUCAUACAUAUAAACGGCACCGACUCUGAUUAAACACCUUGUUUUUAAGCCUUUUUUUUAUCCUUUUUUUACCCAUUGUUUAUUUGUACCUAUUGAAACGAACAGCUUUCCAUGAAACGGGAUGUGUUUUCUUCCGUUAGCUUCAUGCUAGACGCUAGCUGUCACUUCUCACUUUGAGUUUGUUUAUCAAUCAAAACGCAACAUGAGUGAGAACGACAGCGUAAAUUCUGAGGCUAUUGUUAAUAAAGAAGCCCACAUGAACCUCUCCGGGAACAAAAGCAGGAGUGUAAACAGUUCCCCUCCGGAGAUGGACGCUGUGUUUGACAUGGACGAGGAAGAAGAAGAGAGCGACGCUUUAGACAACACCGAGCCGAGGGAGAGCGCGCCGAGCCCGGCGGAGCCAUGUGACGAGAGCGCGCCUAAGCGCUGCGUUUAUGACGGCUGCUCCGAGACCAGUGCUCUGGGUGCCAAGCAGAGGAAACCAUGGAUGUGCAAAAAACACCGCAACAAAAUGUACAAGGACAAGUACAAGAAGAAAAAGAGCGACCAGGCUAUGGCGACUGGGAAGAUAGACGAAGGCUCAGAGGAGAGGCCUGUUUCUGUGACAAAGCAGCGGCUCGGCACUGUUGGAGAGAGACCCACAAGACCUUCGCUCAUAGAGCAAGUGUUAAACCAAAAGAGGCUGUCUCUUUUGCGAAGUCCAGAGGUCAUCAGUUUCCUCCAGCAGCAGCAGCGUCUCCUCACCAUGCAGACACAAUCUCAAAGUCAUGACCAGCAAAGCUACUGAGCACUGUGUGUAAUAGCAUUUUUUUCUGGGGAUUAUACACUUUACAAAUACUUUAGGAAGAGCUUAUUUAUAGCUUUAAAAAUGUGAAGGAUCUGGACUCAGGCUGAUGUUAAAAUGACAUGCCACCACUAUGGAACUAUGGUGUGAAAUCACAUUUCAUCAAGGCCUGGAUGAGCUAUCAUGAUCAUCAUUAGUAGCAGUUCUACUGUAUAAAGUCAUUUUUAAACUACCAUGUGGGUCUUCAUCAGAUGCUGUUAUUUUAUGUGCUAUGAUGCAUGUUAUUUUAAACCAAUUAUGUGAAAACUGUAUAAAGAUUCACUCUGUGAUAUUUUUUUUAACACUAGUGACUUUGUGUGUUCAUAGGAAUUUGUUUUAACCACUUAAUUAUUAUGAUAUCAUUAAUGCUCUGUAUAAAGAAGAUUGUGUAUUCUUAUUUGUCAUAGUCAAAUAUAUUUGAAUAAUUUA